UUGGAAUACUGUAUACCUUUUCCGUGUUUCCUUCGGAGACAAACACAAUUGAUAAAUGUUAAAAUGUGUAAUGUGAACGACGCAGAUAUUAAGUGACAGCGGCAGACAGUUGCAUUCAUGUCAGAAUGAACUCGUCUCAGUGAACGUCGAAGGUUAACGGGCUAGGUUAGCUUGCUCGGUGGGAACAAAGAGACCCGGAAGUUAGCAGCACAUUGCCAAACAGAGAUCAAGUGUGAGUGUAGUGUUGCGAUUGUGUGAAAGUGUGUCAAGUACAACUGCUUGAGCGCGUUCGUGAAUCAGCCUACUAACUGCGGCUGUUGAAGAUGUUGGCUGAAGGCUGUUGGAAAGAACGAUGGCAGAGUCCGAGGAGGAACUUUCUCGAACAAAAGACGAGAACGAGCGACAAAGUCAACUACGAGAUGCUGUUUCAAGCAGCCUCAAAUUGUGUUACGCAGAGCAGUGAAGACUAUCUUUCCCUUGCGCAGCAGAAGUGGAACUCCGGGAUGGAGCAGGAGGAGCCACAGCCCCACCACAUAAAAGAGGAAGAUGAGGAGCCACAGCCCCCCCCACAUUAAAGAGGAAGAGGAGGAUCACAGCAUCAGACAGGAGGGAGAGCAUCUCGGAGGACUGGAGGAGUUCCCAGUGAUUGGUGUCACUGUGAAGAGUGAAGAUGAUAAAGAUGAAAGUGAGGAGAAGAGAGAGGUGGAGCCUCCAAGCAGCAGCUCAACUCAACACAUGACAACAGAAGCUGAUGGAGACCACUGUGGAGGAUCACAAGCACACAACCUCUUAGCUCCACUAUCAGAUAGUGAUGACACAACGUCACACUCUCCUGACACUGAUGAUGAAGACUCUGAAGAUGAUUUGACAUGUCACACUGACAACACACGCUGGAAAUGCUCUCCAUGUAACAAAACCUUUGGCGGAAAAGGAAAGCUGACAAUACACAUGAGACAGCACACAAGAGAGAAACCUUUCACCUGCUCAGUUUGUGGUAAAGGGUUCAUUUCUAAGUCAAAUUUGAACGUACACACAAGAACACACACUGGCGAGAAAGCUUUUCCUUGCACGGUGUGUGGUAAAAGAUUCUCACAGCGGUCAAAUUUGAACAUACACACAAAAACACACAGUGGAGAGAAAGCUUUUCCUUGCAUGGUGUGUGGUAAAAGAUUCGCUCAAAACUUUAUUUUAAAAAGACACACACGAAUACACACUGGAGAGAAACCUUUUUCUUGCAUAGUGUGCGGUAAAAGAUUCUCUCAAAGCUUUAUUUUAAAAAGACACAGAAGAAUACACAAUACACAAUAGUAUUUGUUCUAUGGUGUUUGUGGAAAAAAAAUUCUCUCCUCUCAGAACGUAACUUUGAUAGGACACACUAGAACACACCAGAGCAGUGGUCAUGAACCUUUUUGUGCCUAAGAUCCCCGGUCUUGGCUGUGAACCUGCGCAAGUUCUGUGAAAAAGUGUUUGCCCCCUUCCUGAUUUCUUUUUCUUUUUUUUUUUUUUUUUUUACAUGUUUGUUACACUUGAAUGUUUCAGAUCAUCAAACAAAUGUAAGUAGUAGUCAAUGACAACACAGCUUAACCGAAAAUGCAGUUUUUAAAUGAAACUUUUUAUUAUUAAGAGAGAAAAACAAUCCAAACCUAAAUGGCCCUGUGUGAAAAAGUGAUGAGCCCUACACGUAAUAACUGGUUGCUAGGCCACCCUGAGCAACAACAACUGCAAUCAAGCGUUUACAAUAACUUGCAAUGAGUCUCUUACAGUGGAGCUGUGGAGAAAUUUUGGCUCAUUCUUUUCAGUUGUUGUAUUUCAGCCACAUUGGAGGUUUUUCCAGCAUGAAGUGCCUUUUUAAGGUCAUGCAACAUUCUCCUUCAGGAUUUUUUUGGUAGACAGCAGAAUUAAUGGUUCCAUUUAUCACAACAAGUGUUCCAGGUCCUGAAGCAGCAAAACAACCCCACACCAUCACACGACAAUGCUGCAUAACUUUUACAGCAGAUGUAAAAGUUAUGCAGUCAUACCACAACACCAUUUUCCCAAAGGUCUUAGGGAUCAUCAAGGUGUUUUCUGGCAAAAUGUAAACGAGCCUUUUUUUUUUUUUGUUUAGCAGUGGUUUUGGUCUUGGAACUCUGCCAUGCAGGCCGUUGCCCAGUGUCUUUCUUAUGGUGGAGGCAUCAACACUGAACUUAACUGAGGCAAGUGAGGCCUGCAGUUCUUUGGAUGUUGUUUUGGGGUCUUUUGUGACCUCUUAAUGAGUCGUCGCUGCGCUCUUGGGGUCAUUUUGGUUGGUCGGCCACUCCUGGGAAGGUUCACCACUGUUCCAUGUUUUGGCCAUUCGUGGAUAAUGGCUCUCACUGUGGUUUGCUGGAGUACCAAAGCUUUAGAAAUGGCUUUCUAACCUUUUCCAGACUGAUAGAUCUCAAUUAAUUUCUUUCGGGGAGGGGAAUCACCUUUUCACACAGGGCCAUGUAGGUGUUCAUUUUUUUCCUCCUUUAAUAAUACAAACUUUCAUUGAAAAACUGCAUUUUGUGUUCAUUUGUGUUGUCAUUGACUAAUAUUAAAAUUUGUUUGAUGAGCCUAAACAUUUAAGUGUGACAAACAUGCAAAAAAAAUAAAUCAGGAAGAGGGCAAACACUUUCACUUCACUGUAUAAUUUGAAGUUUAUUAAUAGUAAAAAAAAAAAAUUGGCGACUCUAAAUUGUCCAUAGGUGUGAAUGUGAGUGUGAAUGGUUGUUUGUCUAUAUGUGCCCUGUGAUUGGCUGGCAAACAGUCCAGGGUGUACCCCGCCUGUCGCCCGAAGUCAGCUGGGAUAGGCUCUAGCAUGCCCCCGCGAAAACCAAUGAGGAGAAGCUGAAUACAAAAUGUAUGGAUAAGUAAUAGUAAAAAAAAAAAAAAAAAAGUAAUUCAGGAAGUGACGUCUCUGAAGAGACUGCAUUACGCAGGCGCACACCGCCCACCACCUUUGGAAAUAUUUCCGGGUUCCAUUCGGAGGAAAACACGAAUGAUAAUUGUUACAAAAAUAUUACUUACUAUUGAGAUACAGAUUAUUAAAGUCAGGUUAAACUAUUCUCAUUGAACAUCGAAGCUUCUCAAGCUUAGCUUGCUAGCUGCUAACAAUGAGACCCCUAAGCUAUCAACCAUCGCUAAGCAGUGUUUUGAUUGCGUAAGGAACAAAUGCUGAGAGCGGUGGUGAAUCAUCUGCGGCUGUUGAAUAAAUUGUCAUGUGAAAAAGAACGAUAGCAGAGUGCGAGAAGGAACUUUCGAACAAAAGAGAACAAGCGACAACGUCAACUACUGGUCGCUGUUUUCAAGAAGCCUCAGUUUGUGUUCCACAGACGUCAGUGAAGAACAUCUUCCCUCUGAGCAGCAGGAGUGGAACGGCAGGAUGGAGAAGGAUGAGCCACAGCCCUCCCUCACUAAAGAGGAAGAGGAGGAGCCACAGUAUCUCCUCAUUAAAGAGGAGGAGCUACAGCCCCCCCACGUUAAAAAGGAAUCGGGGGAGCCACAGCCCCCCCAUGUUAAAGAGGAAGAGGAGGAGCACAGCAUCAGUCAGGAGGGAAAGCAUCUUGAAGGACUGGAGGAGUUCCCAGUGAUUGGGGUCCCUGUGAAGAGUGAAGAUGAUGAAGGUGAAAGUGAGGAGGAGCCUCCAAGCAGCAGCUCAACUCAACACAUGACAACAGAAGCUGAUGGAGACCACUGUGGAGGAUCACAAGCACACAACCUCUUAGCUCCACUAUCAGAUAGUGACGACACAACGUCACACUCUCCUGACACUGAUGACGAAAACUCCAAAGCUGAUAUGACAUGUCACACUGACAACACACGCUUUAAAUGCUCUCAAUGUGACAAAACCUUUGCUAGCAAGGGCAAUCUGAAAAAGCACGCGAGACUUCACACAGGAGAGAAACCUUUCACCUGCUCGGUUUGUGGUAAAAGUUUCUCUGACCAAUCAAAUUUGAAAGCACACACUAGAAUUCAUACUGGAGAGAAACCUUUUUCUUGCACAGUGUGUGGUAAAGGUUUCUCUCGGAAGAUAUCUUUGAUAGAACACACAAGAAUACACACUGGGGAGAAACCUUUCUCCUGCGCAUUUUGUGGUAAAAGUUUCACUCACAAGAUAACUUUGACAGUACACACAAGAACACACACUGGCAAUAAACCUUUUUCUUGCAUGGUGUGUGGUAAAUGUUUCUCUCGAAAGAUAUCUUUGGCAGAGCACACAAAAACACACACACAAACACAGACAAGGGAGAAACCUUUUCCUUGCAUGGUGUGUGGUACAAAAUUCUCUAAGCGGACACAUUUGAAGCAACAUACAAGAAUACACACAGGAGAGAAACGUUUUUCUUGCAUGGUGUGUGGUAAAAGGUGCUCUAGGCGAUCACAUUUGGAAGAACACACAAAAAUACAUAGUGGUGAUAAACCUUUUCCUUGCACCUUGUGUAGUAAAAGUUUCUAUAAAAAAGAUGAUUUGAAAAGACACACAAGAAUACACACUGGAGAGAAACCUUUUCCUUGCAUGGUGUGUGGAAAAAGGUUCUCUCGGCAGUCACAAGUGAAAGUACACACACGAAUACACACUGGAGAGAAACCUUUUUCCUGCACAGUUUGUGGUAAAAGUUUCUCACACAAGAUGUCUUCAAUAGGACACACAAGAACACACACUUGAGAAAAAACUUUUUUUGUUCAAUGUGUGGUCCGCGAUUCACAAAUAGUACAAACUUGACUGAACACAAGACUUUUUUGAAAGGAUGCAUCCAGCUGGAUUUCAAAGAACACAAUAAGGGAAGUUUACACAAUUUAGCAAAUCGGUUUUACUCUUGAAAAAAAAAUAAGUUAUGUAGAAGAACGACGUCUAAUGUUGCUGACAUUAUGAUGAAAUGUUUGUUUGUUUCAUCUAUCACGUGUCUUUGUUUUUAGACUUGAGAAUUGCAUAUUUGACCCUCUUGUACCUUAAAACAGGAUACAAUGUCA